AUUGGGCAGGAAGGGACGGGAGGCGACACGAGAGGCCCGUCCCCUCGUCCAGUGCCAGCCUGCCCAGGCCCUCACUCCCAGACGGGCUUUUCCCAGACAGCUAAAACAAAGGUACAAGAGGAUGUCGUCCCAGGCAGCAGGAAAUGAGACCGCUGGGGCCACAGAGGACUACUCUUAUGGCAGCUGGUACAUCGACGGGCCCCCAGAGGGCGAGGGGCCCAAGCCCGAGGGGCCUGUGCCCUUGUGCCAGUCCAGCAUACCAACCAGUCUCUCCCAUGCCGGCCUGGCCUCACUGUCGCUCCUUGCGCUGCUGCUGCUGGCUGUGCUGCUGAGGCGCCGCCAGCUGUGGCCCCACUGUGGGCACGGCAGGCCCGGGCUGCCCAGCCCUGUGGAUUUCUUGGCUGAGGACAAGCCCCGGAUGGUGCCGGCUGCUGUCUUCAUGAUCCUCUUCAGCUCCCUGUGCUUGCUGCUCCCUGAUGAGGACCCGCUGCCCUUCCUGGCCCUCGUCUGGACUCCCAGCCAAGUAGGCUGGACCCAGGCCCCAUGUCUGUCCCUCACCUUCUUGUAUUCCUGUCCAUCUUGCCUUCCAGGGCCCUGGAAGAUGCUGGGUUUGCUCUAUUACCCUGCCCUCUACUACCCUCUAGCCGCCUGUGCCACAGCCAGGCAUGGAGCUGCGUACCUCCUUGGAAGCACACUGUCCUGGGCCCACUUUGGGGUCCAGGUCUGGCAAAGGGUGGAGUGUCCCCAGACGCCCAAGAUCUACAAGUACUACUCCCUGCUGGCCUGCUUGCCUCUGCUUCUGGGCCUAGGAUUCCUGAGCCUCUGGUACCCGGCGCAGCUGGUGAGAAGCUUCAGCCACAAGGCAGGAGCAGGCUUUGAGGUGCUGCAGAGCAGCUACUCUGAGGAGUAUCUGAGGUAUCUCCUUCGUCGGAAGAAGCUGGAAAGCAGCUCCCAUACCUCCAAGCAUGGCUUCCUGUGCCGGGCCUGGAUCUGCUUCAGACACCAUAUCUACACCCCACAGCAAGGAUUCCAACUCCCCCUGAAGCUGGUGCUUUCGACCACUCUGACAGGGACAGCCAUUUACCAGGUGGCCCUGCUGCUGCUGGUGGGCGUGGUCCCCACCAUCCAGAAGGUGAGGGCAGGUAUCACCACGGAUGUCUCCUACCUGCUGGCCGGCUUUGGGAUCCUGCUCUCAGAGGACAGGCAGGAGGUGGUGGAGCUCGUGAAGCACCACCUGUGGGCACUGGAAGUUUGCUACAUCUCAGCCCUGGUCCUGUCUUGCACACUCACCUUCCUCGUCCAGAUUCGGUCACUGGUGAUGCACAGGGCCAACCUUCAAGCUCUGUACCGAGGGGCUACCCCAGACCUGGUCUCCCGAGCCCGGACCCCCCACCCCUCUCGCCAGGCCAUAUUCUGUUGGAUGAGCUUCAGCGCCUACCAGACUGCCUUCACUUGCCUCGGGCUCCUGGUGCAGCAAAUCAUCUUCUUCUUGGGAACCACAGCCCUUGCCUUCCUGGUGUUCAUGCCUGUGUUUCAUGGCAGGAACCUCUUGCUCCUCCGAGCCCUGGAGUCCUCAUGGCCCUUCUGGCUGACCUUGGCCCUGGCUGUGACUCUCCAGAACAUGGCGGCCCACUGGGCCUUCCUGGAGACUCACCACGGACGCCCAGAGGUGACCAACCGGCGGGCUCUCUCUGCAGUUGUCUUUCUUCUCUUCCCCAUCAACGUGCUGGUGGGCACCAUGGUGGCCGCCUGGCGAGUGCUCCUCUCUGCCCUCCACAAUGCCAUCCACCUCAGCCAGAUGGACCUCAGCCUGCUGCCGCCCAGAGCUGCCACUUUUGACCCCGGCUAUUACACAUACCGCAACUUCUUGAAGAUUGAGGUCAGCCAGUCGCACCCGGCCGUGACAGCCUUCUGCGCCCUGCUCCUACGAGGGUGGACGCCCCAGCCCCGGCCCCCGGCAGGCCCCCAGGACAGCCUCAGACCCGGGGAAGAAGAAGAAGGGAUGCAAUUGCUGCAGACCAAGGACCCCGCAGCCAAGAGAGCAGGGCCCAAGGCCAGCCACAGCAGGGCCCGCUGGGGUCUGGCCUAUACCCUGCUCCACAACCCAGCCCUGCAGGUCUUCCGGAAGCAGGCCCUAUCGGGUGCCUGGGCCAACAGCGCCCAGCCCUGA